AUGACAGUGUAUAUCUCUGAGCUGCGGACAUGUGAUCAACAAAGCCUGGCCAAGUUUCUGAAUAUGAGUGAAGAACAAACUGUGCUCAUUGUGAAGACUAUGAAAUUGUCAUACACAAGUGAAAAGUACCUGCAUUUUAUAACCUCCCACUUCACUUCAGUUCUUGCAGCACAGAGCCCUCACGUGACGUUCCUACUAUGCUGUUGCACCACUAUUACACGGCCCUAUCACCUCCCGGACAAGCAUAAUCACGUUUCUGCGGACCCCGCCUGCACCACACUCAUCAAGAUCAAGGUCUGCAUGUCGGGACUGAGGCUUGGCGGGUCGAGACUACUGUUUAGUGUUCUUCGUAUUGCAUCCCCUCGCGUGUUAUCCGGUCCAUUCACCAUGCCACCGAAGAGGAAACAAGAGAAAGCUGAAGAAACCCAAGAGAAGGAGUCCAAAAAGGUCAAGACAGAUGACUUUUCCUCAGAUGCCAAGACAAAUGAUGGCAAGAAGUGGAACCUGAAAAUUGUGUCUUGGAAUGUUGAUGGGCUGCGGGCUUGGAUGAAGAAAGAUGGGAUGUCUGUCUUUGAGAAGGAGAAGCCAGAUGUUAUUUGCCUUCAGGAGACCAAGUGUAGUGAUGACAAGCUUCCAGGAGAUAUAAAAAAUGUGAAAGGUUAUAAGAGUUACUUUAUGUCAGCUAAGAAGGAUGGCUAUUCUGGUGUUGCCCUGAUUUCUAAGAAGGAACCCCUGUCAGUUACAUAUGGACUGGAUGACGAGACCCAUGAUGAUGAAGGUCGCUGCAUCACUGCGGAAUAUGAAGACUUUUAUCUAGUGACAGCAUAUGUUCCCAAUGCUGGCAGGAAACUAGUUACAUUGGACAAGAGAAUGGACUGGGACCCUAAAUUCCGCAAUUAUUUGAAGGAAUUGGAUGCCAAGAAACCUGUAAUCAUGUGUGGAGACCUCAAUGUGGCACACAAGGAAAUUGAUCUUGCCAACCCUAAGAGCAAUAAAAAAAAUGCUGGGUUUACUCCUGAGGAGAGAGCUGGUUUCACUGAUCUCUUGGCGGAAGGGUUUGUGGACUCUUUUAGGCACCUUUACCCAGACAAGACAGCUCAGUACACCUUCUGGACUUACAGGAAUUGCCGGGCCAAGAAUGUGGGCUGGAGGCUGGAUUAUUUUGUCUUGUCUGAGCGCCUGGUACCAAAUCUGUGUGACAACCUGAUCCGUACUUCCCUGUAUGGAUCAGACCACUGCCCCAUCACUCUACUCAUGCAUCUGUGAUUCUCAAGGCCAUGCCACAAGAGUUCACCUCGUGUGACUUGGGUCAGGCCAUCUCAGGACUGUUAUCUGCAUUAAAUACCUGAUUUAGUUUUACUGUGCAGCAUUGUUGGUAUGCCGCUCAACAUAAACUUCAUUUAGAAGUGGUGAUGAUAUACUAGUUCUUGAAGAAAUGUGUGUAUUGAUUUUGACCAUACAUCUAGAUGUAUUUGAAUAUAAUUUUUAAUGCAAUUUCUAUAUAGAAUGGUUUAAAAUAGAAAAGUGAUUUUCAUAUAUUUUAUGAUGUAAGCAUAUGUUUUAGUACAAUUGAUUCCAGUGAAGAAACUGCAAGUUUUAGCAGCAGUAAUUUUGUAAUUAUAAUAAUAAUUUAUCUCCUGAUA